AUGUGUGGUCUCUCUAAGAAGGUGGAUUCAGAGAGCACUCUUACAUCACUGUCUGACCAAGAGAGCGAUUCUUUGGCUAAACCAAUGGAGAAUGCUGAGUGGGAACAUUCGUUUUCUGCCUUACUUGAGUUUGCUGCAGACAACAACCUGGAGGGCUUUAAGCAGCAACUCUCCGUCGUGUCUCGUAUCAACCAGACGGGUCUCUGGUACAUACGCCAGAGGUUUGUUAGGAGAAUGGCUGUUGAGCAACGAACGCCGCUGAUGGUUGCUUCGAUCUAUGGAAGUGUGGACAUUGUGAAGCUUAUUCUCUCUUUCCCGGAAGCGGAGUUGAAUCUGUCUUCUGGUCCGGAUAAAAGCACUGCUCUUCAUUGCGCUGCUUCUGGCGCUUCUGUGAAGGCCUUGGAUGUUGUCAAGCUGCUUCUGAGUGCAGGAGCAGAUCCUAACAUCCCUGAUGCUCAUGGGAAUCGUCCUGUUGAUGUUCUCGUUGUGUCUCCGCUCGCUCCUGGUUUGAGAACCAUCCUUGAAGAGAUCUUGAAGAAAGAUGAGCCUAUAUCCGAAGAUCUCCAUGCGUCGUCAUGUAGCUUGGGAUCAAGUUUCCGUUCUCUCUCAUCAUCACCAGAUAAUGGCUCCUCUCUACUCUCUUUAGAUUCAGCACCCUCUCCAACUAAGGUGAACGGUGCGGAUGGAGCUUUUGCUUCGGAGAAGAAAGAGUACCCGAUUGAUCCAUCAUUGCCUGACAUCAAGAGUGGGAUCUAUUCGACAGACGAGUUUCGUAUGUUCUCGUUUAAGAUCCGCCCGUGUUCUCGAGCUUAUUCACAUGACUGGACCGAGUGUCCAUUUGCACACCCGGGUGAAAAUGCUAGGAGAAGAGACCCGAGGAAGUUUCACUACACCUGUGUCCCAUGCCCUGAUUUUAAGAAGGGUUCCUGUAAGCAAGGAGAUAUGUGUGAGUAUGCUCAUGGGGUGUUUGAAUGCUGGCUACACCCUGCUCAAUACAGAACAAGGUUGUGCAAGGAUGGGAUGGGUUGCAACCGAAGGGUUUGCUUCUUCGCUCACGUGAAUGAGGAGCUGCGUCCUUUGUACGCUUCAACAGGCUCCGGAGUGCCAUCUCCUCGAGCUUCUUCUGCUGUUUCGGCCUCUACUAUGGACAUGGCUUCAGUUUUGAACAUGUUACCAGGCUCACCCUCUGCUGCUCAACAUUCCUUCACCCCUCCAAUCUCUCCUUCAGGAAACGGUGUGAUGCCGCAUUCGUCUAUGGGCUGGCCUCAACAGAACAUACCGGCGCUGCAUCUUCCUGGAAGCAAUGUGCAGCUGAGUCGUCUGAGGUCUUCUCUGAACGCUAGAGAUAUUCCUUCUGAGCAGCUUAGCAUGCUGCAAGAGUAUGAAAUGCAGCGCCAGCUCGUCAGCGAGAUGUCCAGUCCUCGCUUUAUGAAUCAUUCCGGUCGUCCCAAGACCCUGACCCCUUCGAAUCUGGAGGAACUUUUCUCGUCGGAGGUCUCAUCCCCUCGUUUCUCUGAUCAGCUUGCUGUCUCAUCUGUUCUAUCGCCGUCCCACAAGUCUGCGCUUCUUAACCAUCUGCAGAAUAAUAAGCAGAGCAUGCUCUCUCCUAUUAAGACAAACCUGAUGUCUUCUCCAAAGAACAUGGAGCAGCAUUCUCUGCUGCAACAAACCUCGUCACCCCGAGCCAUGGAGCCUAUUUCCCCGAUGAACGCUCGAAUGAAACAGCAGCAGCUCCUCCAUUCGCGUAGCCUUAGCUCCCGUGAAUUUGGAUCCAGUCUGCCCCGUGAUUCAAUGGCAGCUGAGUCUGGUUCGCCACUGAGUCCGUGGUCAAAUUGGGAUCACAACCAUGGAAACAGGGUGGAUUGGUCGGUACAGUCGGAUGAGUUAGGCCGGUUGAGAAAAUCUCAUUCCCUGGCUAAUAAUAACCAAAACAGGGAAGGAGAUGUUUCAUGGGUUCAGCAGAUGGCUAAGGACUCUGCAUCACCUAGGAACAGCAACCGAGCCAUGAACAUGAAUGGUGCGAGGCCACUGGUUCAAGGUGGUUCCAGCGUGAACCCUCACAGUGAGAGUCGUGAGGGGGACAUUCUUGAUGCGUGGCUUGAGCAGCUGCAGCUGGAUCGCUAA